AUGAUUCCGAUGUUCGAGGCAACACUUGUUAUAGGAUUGCCAGAUGUACUUCUAGCAGGUCCACGAAUUCUCCUUUCGGCCUCUCAAGCUGGAACAUCUGUUACACCCAUUCAAGCUUGGUCUCACUUUUACUCAAGUUCAGCAACCACAAAGAAAUUAUCUACUGUCAACAAAAAUAUCUAUCACACCACUUUUGCUUCAGUUGAUGAGAGGGUGAGCAUGCUAUCCAUUACGGUGUCACCUCCAACUAUUGAGCAGUGUUCUUACCUUUGUGAAGCUAUUGUGAGCCAGGCAUUAGCCUCGAAGACGAGUAGAAUAAUUUUGGUUGCAGCAACGAAUUUUGUACCGAAAGAGAAUCACACGUAUCUGGUGGAGAUACAUGAUCGAGGAACCUCAUCUAUUCCCCAGGUUUCCAAGGAGCUUGCUUUGGGUGAUCACAUCCUGAAUACGUUCUUAACUCUAUUCAAUUUUAUCAACAUCCCGUCCACAACCCUGUUACAUCCCGCCAGAAAAGGGGUCAGCCUAAAAGAGUUAGAGGCUAUUAUCGGAAGUAUGGCAGCCUCGUUAGCAUCGUUGAUUGGUGAUCAAGAUUUGAUCCAAUUUUCUGCCAAGAAGGCAAUCGAGUCCAACUUGGAGGAGGAGAGACUUGACGAGAGAGUGGACCAUGUCUUAUACAUUUGA